CGCAUGGAUAUCCACUUUGAGAUCAGGGAACGCCACAGUCCUCCUUUGCCAGUUGUUCAAAGAGCUUUCAGAUGAAAGCACCCGGGCCACAGAGGUAAAGGAUGAUGAGCUGGAUGGCAAAGGAAUGAUGUCGACGGUACCUUGCACAUAGGAGCUCCGAUCUGAGGAAAAAAAAGGACAGUUUUUUGACGGGCAGCAAUGGGAAAUUCAGAGAGCCAGUACAGCAUCCAGGGCCCCAAAGGCAGCAGCUUCGUCUUCCCCGGGAGACCGAAGCCGCGCUCGCUGAAGCUCCAGUCGGCCAAAGACGACGCUCUGUCGCCCCACACCUGGUGGAGAAGUGCCCCGCUGGGCUCGGGCUACAAGGCCAGGUGUGUCGCGCGCGGCUGCCUGUCGCCUCCCAAGAGCCGGCCGCCUUACUCCCCGCGGCACUGCGACUACCUCUCCAAGGGCGUCCGGGGCAGCCCGGGUGAGCCUCGCUGGCGCCGGUCGCCCGGGUGCGGCCUGCGGAGGCGGCACGCGUCGGACCAGUACGAGGACAACCCGUACGGGGCCGGGGACGUCAGCGGCGGCGCCCUGGAUGCGCGCGCGGAUGAGCGCGAGGCUUUGGAGGAACAGAGCAGCCCACGGGUGGUGAUCAAGAAGGACGGCAGCCUCAGGGUGGAGUUCACCAACGCCUCGGGCAAUCCCGUCCUCCUGGACGAGGCCUCGGGGCCCGUGCAGCUCCUCAAGUUCUCCCCCAACCUGGAGUCGGCAUCCACUCCCAGCCUGCCGGGCUCCAGCGGCCCGCCUCCCGCCUCCACCUCCUCCACGGCCAGGACCAGCAAGGGAAGCUCGUUGAGCUCCGACGGCUCCUGGUACGACUCCCCCUGGGGGCCCGGCGCGGAGCUGUGCGAGCAGGAACCGGGCUGCUCGGCAAGCGGGACGCCGGCCCACUCCCCCCUGCAUCCGCCCGAGCAGUCCCCGCCCGCGUCCGUCGCCGACCUCUACAAGGACUCCACGAUGGCCGCCACGUUCCCCGCCGCCAGGGACCUUUCCUCCCGCUCGCACCGGCCGCCUCCAGCCCAGAGGCCACACAGGGCCUCUUUUGCCUCCGUCCUGGACGUCCCGUUGGAGGAGGAGUCCGCUGAGCCCUGCCAGUACUCGUCGUACACGCUGCCGUGCCGCAGGGCCAAAGCCCACACCAUGAGCGAGGAUCUGGACCAGUAUCCUGACCAGGAGGCGGCCGAACCCGACUGUGGCUUCCAUAAAAAAGACUCCAUCAAAACCCGCAUGAGGCGCUUCAGUGACUGGACAGGAAGCCUCAGCCGCAAGAAGAGGAAGUCUCAGGAGUCCAGGUACAAGGACCUGGGGGACGCCUUCGAUAGCGGGGUCGACGGCCUGACCGCAGACACCAGCUCCCCCUCUCAGGUCUCCAGCCUCCUCUGGUUGCCCGGAGCCUCCAGGGCCCAAUCGUCAGGAGCCAUCCACCAAACGACCAGCGACGCCCUGCGCCAGAACAUCUACGAGAACUUCAUGAGGGAGCUCGAGACCGACGCGGGAAAGCGCUGCGGAGGAGGAGGCAGCGGCGGCGGCGAGAGGAGAGACCCGUCCACGGGCACCGAGGAGGGGGAGAGCAGCAACGAGUCGGCCGAGGGCUCCCUGGAGCAGUUGGACCUGCUGUUUGAAAAGGAGCAAGGGGUGGUCAGGCGGGCCGGCUGGCUGUCCUUCAAACCGCUCGUCACCCUGCACAAGGACAGGAAGCUGGAGCUGGUGACCCGCCGCAAGUGGAAGCAGUACUGGGUGACCCUGAAAGGGUGCACGCUGCUGUUCUACGAGACCUACGGGAAGGGCCCUCUGGAGCAGGAGAUGUCCCCUCGCUACGCUCUGCUCGCCGAGGACGGCGUCGUCCAGGCCGUCCCGGAGCACCCCAAGAAGGAGAAUGUUUUCUGCCUCAGCAACUCGUACGGAGACGUCUACCUCUUUCAGGCCAGCAACCAGACCGACAUGGAGAACUGGGUGACGGCCAUCCAUUCUGCCAGCGCCUCGCUGCUGGCCAAGCGCCAGGGGAAGGAGGACACGGUGCGCCUGCUCCGGAGCCAGGUCCGCAGUCUCCUGCAAAAGAUCGACAUGGACGGGAAGAUGAGGAAGAUGGCCGAGCUGCAGCUGACGGUGGUCAGCGACCCCAAGAACCGCAAGGCCAUCGAGAACCAGAUCCAGCAGUGGGAGCAGAAUCUGGAGAAGUUCAACAUGGAUCUGUUUAGGAUGCGCUGCUACCUGGCCAGUCUACAGGGGGGGGAGCUGCCUAACCCAAAGAGCCUGCUGGCGACCGCCAGCCGACCAACCAAAGCCACCCUGGGACGUCUGGGGAUCUUCUCUGUCUCUUCCUUCCACGCCCUGAUUUGCUCCAGAGACGAGGCCACGCUCCGGAGGCGCUCGUUGUCCCUGACGCACCGGCGGCGCAAGAAAGGCCUCUUCUCGUCCCUCAAAGGCCUCGACAACCUCACGAAGAGGGGCCGGGACAAAAGGCCCUCCGCCUCACAGAUCUUUGAGAGCGACGCCGGAGGUCAGACGUACGCCCUUCCUCCCAGGAGCACUGAGAGGCUGGACAUGCUGACCAGCAUCUACUCCAUGUCGCCCCCCGAGGGCGGUUUGUGGGACGGCAUCAGCGGCGCCUCGGACGUGCCGACCUGCGUCUACAUGCCAGACGGCCUGACGGUCCAAGUUCCUGUCAGAAGAGACCAGACCGCCGCCGACCUUCUCUUCGCAUCUUGCAAGGUGAAACAGCUGGACGCGGGCCUGCAUUGCCUCAGACUGCACAGACGAGCCGGGCAGGGUGUGGAGGUCCGAUACCUGGCUCCCGGGGAGCUCCUCGGCGACGUGGUCAACGAUCAGUUGGAGGUGGUCCCGGUUAACGUUUUUAAUCUGCACAUGAAAAGGCCGAGCGACGCAGGAGACUUUGGCUUCGCGGUGACGGGACACAUUGACAGCCAGAAAAACAGCAGGAUCUUUGUCAGCGAAGUGCUUCCCGACGACCUGGCGUUCAACGAAGGCCUGCGUCCCGGCGACGAGAUCCUGGUGCUGAACGGCAGGUGUGUGUCGGGCCUCGACCUGGCUCUGAUCCAGACGCUGUUCGCCGAGCGAGCCCUGCACCUCAGCCUGAGGAGAGACGGGCCCCUGCCGUCGUCGGCGAGCUCCGACCACCUGGCCCCUCCCCCCGAACCCGACCAGGAGGUCCGCGCCAAGUCCUCCCCAGGUGUGGGCGAUGCAGCUGAUGGUUCUGAUUCCCCGGGUGUAGGGACGGAGGACAGUAGCCCGUACCGCUGCACGCUGCACAGGCCCGUUCAGCACAGCAAGAGCGCGGAGACCGUGUGCACCCUCUACCACUCCUUCCAGGAGGGGGCGGGCUCUGGCUCCGGGGGUUUGAUGGACGACGCCAAGGAGCCUCCAGCGGGGCAGGGAGGGGGAGGGGUUACGGGGCCGGGGGCCACGGGAGAGCCCACCCUGCUCAGACCGUGCCCCGGGCACAUGAGCGCCACCGAGAGGUUACGCAAGGUCAUCCAGGAGCUGGUGGACACGGAGAAGUCCUACGUCAAGGACCUGGCCUGUUUGUUCGAGAUCUACCUGAAACCCCUGCAGAGUGAAACCUUCCUCACACUGGACGAGAUGGAGAGUCUGUUUGGCAGCCUGCCUGAGAUGUUGGACUUCCAGAGGGUCUUUCUACAGACGCUGGAGGAGAGGAUCGCCUCCUCGCCUGACUUCAGCACGCUGCAGACGCCCUCACAAUUCAAGAGGCUGCUGUUUUCUCUCGGGGGGUCGUUCCUCUACUACGCCGACCACUUCAAGCUCUACAGCGGCUUCUGCGCCAACCACAUCAAGGUCCAGAAGGUCCUGGAGAGAGCUAAGACGGAUCAGGCCUUCAAGGAAUUUCUGGAUGCGAGGAACCCCACCAAGCAGCACUCGUCCACCCUGGAGUCCUACCUGAUCAAACCGGUGCAGCGGGUGCUCAAGUACCCCCUGCUGCUCAGGGAGCUGGUCUCCCUCACGGACGCUGAAAGCGAGGAGCACUACCACCUGACCCAGGCACAGAAAGCCAUGGAGAAGGUGGCGAGCCACAUCAACGAGAUGCAGAAGAUCUACGAGGACUACGGCUCCGUGUUCGAUCAGCUUGUUGCCGAGCAGAGCGGCCAGGACAAAGAGGUCACAGAGAUUUCUAUGGGGGAGUUUCUCAUGCAUUCCUCAGUGGUCUGGCUCAACCCGCAUUCAUCGCUGGGACGCAUGAGAAAACAUCCCGAGAUGACCGUGUUUGUGUUCAAGAAAGCCGUGAUAUUGGUCUACAGGGAAAACAACAAGCUGAAGAAGAAGAUGACCAGCUCCCGCGGAGAUUCAGACCCCUUCAAGUUCCGUUGGCUCAUACCGCUCUCCUCGCUGCAGGUCAGGCUGGGAAACACUGCAGGAACCGGCACAGAAAGCAGCUGCAUCUGGGAGCUGAUUCACUCCAAGUCGGAAGUGGAAGGCAGACCGGAGACGGUCUUCCAGCUGUGCAGCAGCGUGGUGGAGAACAAGGUCAACGUUAUCAAGGUGGUCCGCUCCAUCCUGCGGGAGAACGUGAGGAGGACCAUGAGGGGCGAGGAGCCGAGCUGCCAGGAGCAACUGGUCCCCCUCCGCGGCACCUUCCCCUCCUGCGUCAAGCUGGGUACCACGAGGGCGUCCUGGCUCUGCCGGCAGCCGCUCGGCGCCCAGGCCGGGCGGCCCAAGCCGGCGCCGGACUCGGACGAGGGGAGCUUGAGCAGCGGCACCUGCAGUCUGUCCGGGGGGGGGGCUCCUCCACCUCCUCCUCCCCCGCCUCCUCCGUGCGCCUCCUCCGAGUCGCACCUCCUGCCCGUCCAGCAGAGCUGGUCCCAGCCGCCCGCAUCGAACCCGCGGCCCCGCUGCUCCGCCGUCAAGGAGUCCGACAUCUUGAGCGACGAGGAGGACGACGACGACGGCUUCAGCGAAGGCGCGGCGCGGCGAGGCAGCGGGGACAGCGGCUCGCCGACCGGCGCCGUCGAGGCGCAGUUGCUCCGCCUCGAGCUGUCGGAGGACGGCGCGGCGCGGGCUCCCCGCGUCCAGCCCGAGAGGCUGGGGGACACGCCGGAGACGCAGCCCCGGCUGGUGCGCGGACACUUCAGCGCCGUCAAGAGGAAGUCCAGCAGCCUGAGGAGGAGCCAGGGCGCCCUGCUGCACAUGAGGCAGCACAGCAGGUCCCUGGACAGCCAGACGGACGCCGCCUCGUCCCCGGGGGUCCCGGACCUCAACGCCCUGCUGGAGAGGGAGUUCAGCGUCCACAGUCUCACGUCUGUGGUGAACGAGGACUGCUUCUACGAAGCGGCCGAGGGCCCGAACGCGCCGUCCUCUCGAGGGGAGCAACGCGACCCGCUCUGAAGCCCGCUGGCUGAGCGAGGCGGUCAGUGGCAGGGAAAGAAAAUCCAACCAAUCCACCAAGUGUCGGCGCAUUAGAGCGAUUUUCCUCCGCUCCCAACAAACCGCCUGUGUGAGACUCGAGCUGAUCGAUUACCGACCAUGGAUGGGGGAUUUUGAGGGAAACGUCCUCAAUCUGUCAGUCCCCUUAAGUGAACAGUCCACACUGCCUAUAGAGUCAUGAAAAACAUCCUGAGGUUCCACCGGACGCCUCCUCAGGGGGUCAAACAGUUUGGGUCAGAGGUCAUCUGUCGAUGACACCCUGCCAAAGAGCUUCGGUUACGUCAGUCUUCCUCGAACUAGAUGAUUUUAACAUAAACAAACAGGAAGGACGACGACUUUCAAAACAAAGAUUAUUUUUGCUGUAUUUUGUGCACUAAAGUACAAUGUUUGCCUAUAUAUUUGAAAUAUUUUUUAUUUGUACAGGUUUUGAUGUUAUUAAUGCUGUUUUUUUUUUAUUUAUUAAUGGUUUGGACCAUGUACAGUCGAGCUUGGCAAACUUAUUUGAGUGAAGGCUUGAACAGUAAAUACAAAAUAUGCAAUACUGCUUGACUUUUUAUUCAACUCCAUUUGAAAUGUUGCCUACUGGAUUUUGGUAGUCUUUACCACAAAAUUUGCAAUUUGUAGAAAAUGCUUUGGAAUGUACAUUUGUUUUGAGAUCUUGCUGCCUCAUUGAAAUGAUUUAAACUGCAACCAUGUUGAAUCUCCAACGCUUCUUUUUACGUUUGUCUUGUAUACGUCACCUUUUCUAUCUCCGCCUCGUGUACGUAUUCUCACAUACGGACUUGACACUGUGCAGGGAGGACAGAAGGCAAUAAACACAGCAGAUAUUUUUCUAAAAAAUCUCUUGUUCGCCAUAUCACAGAGUACGUGUUGAACUACGAGAGAAGGGCAAACUGAUAUCACAUCCUUUGCCCUCCUCCACUCCACUUUACCAGGCCUUCAACUAGCUAGCAUACCAAUGAAUGUGAACGUCCCAUUCUUAUGGAACUGUUUAAUGAA